AUGGAAUGGAGCCAGGAUUCCCUCCGGGCCAGCUUCUGCCACGCGCUCUCUGAGAUGUACAAAACAGAGGUUCCUCUCUACGGCGAUCUAGUCGAUCUCGUUUACCAAGCCGAUACAGAAACUGUCACCGCACAGGCCAAGCGCUCAAGUAAUGAUCUCACCGACGCGGACGAGAUCCUCCCCGCACGCCACCGUGUCGAACGCCAUGGCGCCAUCCGACUGGGCACUGCUCAAGAACUCACCACCAUCCGCCGCCUGUUUGCCAUCAUGGACAUGCAUCCAGUCGGCUACUACGACCUCACGCUCGCCGGCUUCCCCAUGCACGCCACGGCCUUCCGACCUACCAGCCCAGAAGCCCUAUCCAGACACCCUUUCCGCGUCUUCACCACCGUCCUCCGCAUGGAUCUUCUCACCCCACGCACACGUCUCCUCGCCGAACGCGCCCUCUCCCAGCGAUCCAUCUUCACAGACCGACUUCAGACCCUCAUGGAGCUCGCAGAGAGCCGACAACAGCCGAACCCAUUCACCCCUGAAGCUGGUCAAGAGCUCAUAGCCGAAGCCCUCAAGACCUUCCGUUGGCACUCCCACGCCACCGUCACACUGGACGAGUACCAGACCCUCAAAGCCGAACAUCCCCUCAUUGCGGAUAUUGUCUCCUUUCCCAGUUGCCACAUUAACCACCUAACGCCGCGGACGCUCGAUAUUGAUGCCGUGCAGUCCAGAAUGUGGGGGGCGGGUAUGCCGGCCAAGGAGCGCAUCGAGGGGCCCCCAAGACGAAAAUGUCCAAUCCUGCUACGACAGACGAGCUUCAAGGCCCGCGAGGAGACAGUCUUCUUCCGGACCGGACAUGGAGAUUAUGUGAAGGGCUCGCAUACCGCGCGAUUUGGGGAAGUCGAGCAGCGGGGAUUUGCGCUCACGCGCAAAGGGAGAAAACUGUAUGAUGAUAUCCUGGCGGCAGUGAAUACUGAGGUUGCGGCCAAGGAAAUCGGAGCCGGAGAUGCGCAAUACGAAAGCAUUCUUGAAAGACAUUUUCAAGGGUUUCCGGACGAGUUGGGUGAAUUGUGGGCGCAGAAGUUGGCGUUUUUCUACUAUCAUGUCACUGCGAAGGGGAGUGAGGGCUUGAGCGGGUUGAGGUUGGGAACCGCGAGCGUAUCCCAGCUUCUGCGAGAAGGAGUACUGGAGUAUGAGCCCAUCACGUAUGAGGACUUCCUGCCGCUCUCUGCGGGGGGCAUCUUCAACUCCAACCUGGGGAACACGACCCAGUCAAAACGGUUGAUUAUGGAGGCCGAGCCGGAUCUGGAUGGGUUUCACCGGAUGCUGGGAGUCCCAACGACGGAUGAAUUCAGCUUGUAUGCGCGGAUGCAAAGUGAUAGUCUGGAUCAGUGUCGGGUGCAACUGGGACUAGAAGAGAUUACGGAGUGA